GGAUCCCCGCGGUCACCUGGGCCGAAAACAGGAAAAACAAAGUGCCACCGGGCCGCUGAUUGACAGCUCGUUGUGUGUGUUGUGUUGCUCUGGAAUACGUGUGUGUGUGUUGUCAUCCAAACGCGUGUGUGCAGGUUGUGUCCAAAAAACUUGGAUGAAAACCCCGCGCGUGUGGCGACGCGUUUCACGCAGAAACACGCACAAUCUCCCCCCGUUUUUUUCUCUAUCCUGCAAAACGCAGCCUGCAAAACGAGUCACGUGCAAUAAAAAGCAGCUGACACCGUGUGAAAUAUAUUUUUUUUUGGCAAAAGUUAAAUAAAAAAGCAAAUGUGGUGAAUUAAAACACGAAUUCCGUCGCGUAAUAAAACGCAGAACCGAGUCCACUCCGCGUCUUGUCGGAGCCGCAGCUUUGCGCGGAUAAACAGCAGCUGUGCGGAGCAACGGAGGAAAAAAAGCAAACCAAGGGCGAACCCGACUUCCAGCGGCUUGUUAAUACGGAUAUAAUCCUCCAUCUGCACACCCGGGAGUCCACCGCGGAGGGUCGAGGAGUCUACACCGGGAGCCGGAGCACCACAGCCGGGGGAAGCAGCGCGAACAGCCGGGCUGGUUUGUCUCCCCCCCCCGUCUCGUUCCGCCGCACAGACCGGAUCCGUGCUGCUCCGCCGCGGCCUCCAUUUUAGCUUCUUGCCCGCUCGCCGCCUCACGUGUCCUGGACUGUCUUUCUCACAUGACCCGUGUGUUUGUCCCCGUGAUCAGCGCUUCCAUCUCCGGGAAUCCGUGUCGUUGAACACCCGGCGUCUUCCCCUCCCCCUCCCCACACCCCGCACCACCGGGGCCAGCAGAGAAGCUCCAUGGAUCUGCUGGAGCAGAGUCUGGACAGCUCGGCGAGUCACGACAAACAGGAAUCGGAGGAGGUGGUGCAGUUACAGGAAGGAGACGUGGUGGGGGCGGAGGAGCACGCUUCUGUGACCAUCACCGGUGUCCCGCAGGGCGCGUUCGUCGACCACAAUGUGCAGUAUCAGUUUCGCACAGAGAACAGCGGCGGACAGGUGACCUAUCGGGUGGUCCAGGUGACGGAUGAUCAGUUAGAAGCCGCCGCUGACGGGUCCGGAGCCGUGAGCGUCGUCUCCGCCGCGGCGUUUGCCGGAGCCCCUCAGGCUGUGGCACAGGCUGUGAUCCAGAACCCUUUCAGUAACGGGGGCAGUCCCGGCGGGGAGACGGUGGGUGGAGAGACGCGCUUCGCUUACUUCCCCGCCGCCACCGUCAGCGAUGGAACAGCCGUGUCGGUGCAGGCCACCGCCGACCCAUCGAUCACGCAGGCAGGAGGUCAGUUCUACGUGAUGAUGAGCCCCCCUGAGGUGCUGCAGGCGGCCCCUCGCACCAUCGCACCGCGCACACACACCUACACUGCAGACCUUGAUGAGAGCGACAUGUUGCAGCACGGCAGCUCGAACUGGAAGGUUGAGGGUCCACGGGCGCCCAGAGACGAGAGGAGAAGAGCUCAGCACAAUGAAGUGGAGAGAAGAAGAAGAGACAAGAUUAACAACUGGAUUGUUACGCUGUCGAAAAUCAUCCCCGACUGCAGCGUGGACAGCAGGAGUGGAGCGAGUAAAGGAAGCAUCCUGUACAAAGCGUGCGACUACAUCCGGGAGCUGCGUCAGAGCAACCAGCAGCUGCAGGAGAGCUGCAAGGAGGUGGAGCGGGUGAAGAUGGACAACGAGCUACUUAGACAACAGAUCGAGGAGCUAAAGAACGACAACGCACUUCUUCGGGCACAGCUGCAGCAGCACGGCAUAGAAAUGAACGGAGAUGCGACCCCACAGUGAUCGUGGGCCGGACACUUUGCGCUCGGCGUCGCGUCCUCCUCCACCCGCCUGAACAAUUCCAGGGGAGGAGACACCAUGAAAAAAAAAUAAGACAAUUUCCAUCAGACGUUGGACCCGAUUUAACAAAAAAAAAAUAACCACGCACAGGACUCGAGACGCCCUCUGAAGGACUGCAAACUGAACACGCCUCUUCCACCUGCGGCAGCUUAGCGGCUGCACGCUCUGAAAUCUGUCGACUGUGUAGCUCCAACCGAACCUUUCGUCCUCCGCUUCGAGGGACGCCACCUCUGCACAGCACCACCACCACCACACAUGCACCAGACUGUCUUUUUACUUUAAAUUAUAAAAACUGCCACAGAAAAUUUUACUUUAGCUGAUUUUCACCCUUUUAUUUAUUUUUUAAUCGUACCACAAACUCCUUUUUUGUUUUUCCUUUUUAGUUGUUUGCUUCUAAAUGGGAAAUAGCUCCCGUUUACUUCUAAUUUAUCGGUCUGUAAGGAAAAUGUACACAGAAAGGAAAAGUGUUGGUUUUCUGCAUUUACUCUUUCCCCAAUAAUUAACCUGCAAAUCAGAUGUUUAUCGUGUUCAUCACUAUCACUGAGGAUAUUUUUACUGUCACUGGAACAUGUGUGUGUAUGUAUUUGACCUGUGUGCAGUUCCCUGCCUCUUGACACUGACACUCCCAGCAGCAGGCAGAGCUCACAAACUUCAUAAACGUAGCCCGAUGUCGGUAAAUUCAAAAACUAUAAGACUCUCCUGACAGGCGAAGUGUACGACGCUCCGCUGUCACAGGCCUGGUGGUUUUUAUUCCUACUCCAACGCCUUGAUAGGAGCCUGUUGGAGAAACUAGGUGUUAACAUAGCUCAGGUAAUUGGGAUAGUGCACUGGCAAGUGGUUCCCGGACUCAAUGAAGUCUUCACAUAUGGAGAGUUUAGGUCUCUUGUGUCCCCCCCUCCCCCCGCUAGCUGCAAUGUACAGAGAAAUGAGAAAAUGAUGCUUUUCAACGUGUGAAUCAUUUUUAAAUGGGCAUUAAAAUAAGGUUUGUUUGUC